CGUCCUUGUCUUUUAGUGCCAGCUAGCCUUGUGGGGGUAUGAGGGGGGCCUUAUGACCUCUUCCUGCUGCCUUCUCCCAGGGUCCCAAGGCCAGGAAGCCACCUGUUAAGUGACCAGUGGGGUGUAUGGUUUCACUCAGCCUUUCCCUCGUGGUCUCGGUCCUGUUAACACCAGAGAGAGAAGAAUAAAGGAAUUUGGUUCGAUAGCCUCUAGGGGGUAAGGGCAUUGCCUGACGCCUUUUCUGGAUGGACACUCCCUUCUAAUGGUGAAUGGAAACUCCCUUUCUCAGCAGCCUCCUUGCAGUGUCCAUUCCAGUAGCUCAGUGUGAUUGCAGCGGCUGCCACCACCCACACAGGAAGCCUCCCAGAGCAGACAGAGAGCUGCAGUAAUCCUGAGGUUCAGAGAGCCGGCUGGAGAGGCAGCUUCAGCACAGCAACCCUGUGACAGAGCAAAAGCCACUAAGCGGAUUUCGUCCCCCUUGCGAACAAGUGGAGUGAAGAGAGCCCCCAGCCUGCCAGCUCUUCAGUCUUGAACGCACCAUCGACAGUUGCUGCUGAGUCAUGGCCGAAGGGGAGAUCACAACCUUUGCAGCCCUGACCGAGAGGUUCAAUCUGCCUCUAGGGAACUACAAAAAACCCAAACUGCUCUACUGCAGCAACGGGGGCCACUUCUUGAGGAUUCUUCCCGAUGGCACCGUGGAUGGGACCAGGGACAGGAGCGACCAGCACAUUCAGCUGCAGCUCAGUGCGGAAAGCGCGGGCGAAGUGUAUAUAAAGGGUACAGAGACUGGCCAGUACUUGGCCAUGGACACCGAAGGGCUUUUAUACGGCUCGCAGACACCAAAUGAAGAAUGCCUAUUCCUGGAAAGGCUAGAAGAAAACCAUUAUAACACUUACACAUCCAAGAAGCACGCGGAGAAGAACUGGUUUGUGGGCCUCAAGAAGAACGGGAGUUGUAAGCGCGGUCCUCGGACUCACUACGGCCAGAAAGCCAUCUUGUUUCUCCCCCUCCCGGUAUCUUCUGACUAAGGAGUCUGUUCUGGGUGCUCCCUAUUUUUGGUUGACCCUAAAAUGUUCCCUUGACCAUUGGCUGCGCUAACCCUCAGCCCACAGAGCCUGAAUUUGUAAGCAGUGCUUCUAAAUAGCCAGUUCACUUUUCCGCUGAGCCCUUCCCCACCACCCCAGCACAGUUUGGAACACGGGGACCAAAUUACUUCUAGGGGACAACUGGCUGGCCAGUCUAGGUCUGGGUUUGGAUAUCCAGAUGCUUCAGGGUACCUGCUACAAGUUGGACCUCGUGAUACAAAGAGGGGAGCCAUGUGUAGCAUCUGGAGGGGUCUAAGAAGUGGGUUCUUUUAGUAGCUGCAUGCUCUUUCCCCUUCUGAGUAAUCCCUGGUUUUGAGUACCCCCAGGCACUUAGCAUGACUACCCUUCCCCCUACCAGCACCUCAUAAAUAUCAGUAAAGAAACUGAUAGUAAGGCUGAAGGAAUUUUAUGAUGGAGACAAAAAUCACCCCACCCCACCCCACCCCACCCCCAUGUACAGACAGGACUUAAAACCAAAAUCGAGUAUGGCAUUUCCAUGGUCCACCUAGAAGCCUGGGACCUCAGAACAGAGUAAGAAGGCAAAGCUCAGACACAAGGAGUCGGGAUGAACCCACAUCCCAGCAGUCAUUUCCAAGUUACUGAGGAAACAGGGGAAGAACCCCGGAAAUGGUUUCUUAGUAAUGGCAAGCACAGAGAUCUGGGGUCUGAAGAGUGAGUAUAGGAGCAAGGAGACAGGAAGGAUGUCUUCAGCUGUGGAUGUUAGCACCUAAAAAGAAAGAUGUUAUACUGAGGGGCGGAGAGGGAAAAAAAGUGAGACCAUGUCACCGUGUGCUUGGCCACCACAAAAUCAGGGCUAUGGGCAUCCCAGUACAAUGGCCCCAAAUUGCACAUGCAUUCAUAUCCUCUGAGGGUUUUGUAGGAAUAUGAAGCCUGAUUUGGUGGGGCUGCUGUGGGGGAGUUCUGUGUUUUGAAAGGGCCCCCAGGUCCCAUAGAUUCUGCUGGCUUCUCUGCCAUGCUUUAAGAGCAGCCCCAGAGAAUACUCUUCUGCCUCCACCGCCUGGGUGUCCCUGAAUAUUUACGCAGUAGUAUUGUAUAUGUCCAUAGCAUGGUUUCAAGGCCCAGUGCCUAUAAAAUGCCCACUUAGAAGUCACUGAAACCACAUUUCAAAAAGUGUUAAGCCUCACCAGUAGUUUUUCCCAAGAGACCGUCAAUCUCGAAGCUGGCUUCCUCCUUAAAGUAAACUUUGCCCAAGCGACCAGCAAAUUAGAAACGCUAUUCAUCUCUGACAUAGGACACAAACACCAUGAGAAGGCCUUUCAUGCACCAAUUCAAUAUACUGUGAGACUUAGGUUUCUUUCACAUUUUAUAUAGCUUGAAGGCAGUAAAUGGAUUCGCACUCAGCCACAGCCAAUAGCAGCAUAGGAUGUCAAAGCUACUUAGUUACCUAACACUGCACUCACUCAUGAAACCUUUCCUCUGUGUCUGCUACUGUGCUUUAAGAACGGGUAGUUCAGGCUGGGAGAUGGCUUAGCAGUAAAGAGCACACACACUGCCCUCGUAAGGACAGUUCAGUUCCCAGCACCCACAUCAUGAUGCUCAGACCCAGUUCCAACUCCGGAGACGUGAUGCCCUCUUCUGGCCUCCAGGGGUACUGCAUGCACAUAUACAAGCGUACACACUUUUUAAAAAAUAUAAACCAAUGAUAUGGCGGAUUAAAACUGAUGACAGUGUUCAUCUGUUUGACAAGGAUCUAAAGUAACUAUUUGCUGAAAAAAUUCCUUAUAACAACACUGUCAUAUUUUAGUGGAUGACACUCGAGAGGUCUGAGUGCUGGUGGAGGACUAAACUGAGCUAUUUCACAGCAUGGUUCAUAGUAACAUUCUUCCAGACAUGGUGAUGCACACCUUUAAUCCCAGAACUCAGGAGGCAAAGCAAGUGGAUCUCUGUAAGACUGGGCCCAACCUGGUCUACACAGUGAGUUCCUGGGCAGUCUGGGGUAUAUAGAAGCCCUGUAUAUUUUUUUUAAAAGCUUAUAAUAAUUUUUGCUUUUUUACAAGAUAAGUCAUGACUUCUUAAAGUCUAUAGUUUAAAUAAUAUGGUUCUGUUUUGUUUUAGUAAAUCAUAGGCACACUGGAGAUAAUACAGUAUGGUUUCCCACCUCUUUAUAUGAAGAUUUGGCCAGGAAAAACAUACAGAGAUGAAAUCUAUGAUAUUUAGAAUAGUGUCAGCAAAUGAACCAAACACAAGUGUAACAUCACCAAGACAUUAAAAACCACUGCACAAGGAUGAAAUGGCGUCUGAGACCUCAGAGACUCAAAGCACGGAUACUGCACAUUGUAACCUUAACCACCAACCUCGUCAUGAUCCGUGCAUUUGCUCGACAUAUACUGCAGACCCAGUGUGUGUCAGGCACUGGAUGUGGACCCCGGGGACAAUGUCUGUCAGGCGUCCUCUCCCUGGGCACAUACUUGUCAAGAGAGACGCUGUGGAUUCAUUUCUUUCAGUCAAGUCAAAACGUGGACUGAAACUACUGAAUCAAGAGUAUGUUCUAGAUUCCCCCAACAGCCAAUAACACCCACUCCACCCCCAACAAAGUGAUAGAGAAGCUUUGAGAAGCAACCCAGGACUUCCAAUGCUAGUGCUCUCAGAGGAGUGGACUAAUUUCAAAUCGGGGGGUCAGGGGGAGAAAAGCUGUCAGAUCCUUCAGAAAGGGAGCCGAGACCCUGUCCCUGCGCUGUUGGGAACAUUGAUCAUAGGAACAUUCGGUUGCGUACUCUCCUCCAUAACUAAGUCCCAAGGCCAUCCGCUUGUCACGUGUCUCCCGCAUGAUUCUAAACUGACUGCAACGUGGUGUCCAACACUCCCUACCAACUGUGAGGAACAUGUGGGCUUUUGACAGUUAGUGACACACUAGAGAUGGAGCUGGGUGUUGCCCCUGACGGCCAGUGUCCAUACAAAAAUCUAACCAGUCCAGCAGCUGCCAUUGAUGAUGAGGCCCCUGCUUUGCAUUGAAGGAAAUGGAGCCCAAGUCCUCCGCUCUGCAGAGGACACUGCCUAAAGCGAUCACGGUCCCUGGCUGCAAAGCAGGCUCUGGUGGAGAUGACGCCUGACGUUCCCUCUGCGCCCACACUGUAUUACACUCUGAACCUUACCAAUAUUAAUAAAUGUUGUAUUAGUGGGUGA